AAUCGGACGACAGUAGCUGCCCAAUGUUGGUCGCGCGCGCACGUGUCUCCUCUCGCUCGCCGCGUCGUUUCCGACUCUCAAAGUCGACGUAUACCGACUCCAUAUCACAAAUACAUCAGUACAGAUUGUGUUUAAAUCGACACGAGUGUAGGUGACAGGUGCAUGCGCGUGUCGUCGACCCUCGCGUCGGCCCUGUGUUUACAGGUCCUGACGCGCAACAGUGUGUUGUCGUACAUAUAUAUAUAUAUAGCUACAUAAGCGGCUCACUGCGAAACGACGGCUAUACCUGCAAUGCCGAAGCGCAAGUGCGAGGAAAACGAGCUGAGUGCGUUGCUGUCCGACAUAGACGAAGAGGAGGACAUAAUCCUGCGACAGCUACCGCGAACGCCUCUAGCGUCGGCAGCCCGAGGAAAGCGUCGUCGCCGCGCCAGUGACGUCAUCGACAGCAUGGGCGAGCGGGGCUGUCAGCUGUACAAUUUCAACUCUCCGGCCACGUGCAGCACGAGCGCCUCGCCGUACUCCUACUACUGCGGCAGCUCGACGCCGGCCUCCUCCUCCGGAUUCACCACGCCGCGGCGCGGCACCAAUAGGAACGCGAUUUCACCGGAUCAAGGAUACGCCACUACUCCGGAAUUCGUGCAGAGGGCGGUGAUACCGGAGUGGAUGCUGAGGCGGAUAGAUUCGCAUGACGCGACGGUGCCUAUCAGGAACGACGAGGACAACUAUUCGACUUCCCCGGCAGAAGCGCGAGCCAGGAUGUCAGCGCAGAAGGAUGCUGACCGAUACAACAUGGAGCAUCGAAAUCGUGGAAAGUGUGUCAUUUUUAACCACGAGACCUUUGACACCGGAUUCGAGACUCGCGAAGGCUCGAGCGUCGAUGCGCGAAGGAUUGAACAAACGUUCCAGCAGCUUGGCUUUACCGUCGAGAUAUGCGACGACUACGAGCACAGCGGUGUCAUGAACAAGCUGAACGAGCUGAGCGAAGAGGACCACUCCGACAACGACUGCCUCUGCAUAUUCGUACUGACACAUGGACUGAAGAACGAUCUGAUCUGCGCGAAGGAUGUCGUCUACAAGUUGGAAAAUGUGUGGAAGCCCUUUACAGCCGACAAAUGCAGCUCACUGGCUGGAAAGCCAAAAUUAUUCUUUUUUCAAGCCUGUAGAGGAGACAACUUGGACGGUGGCAUAAAGAUGAUGAGAUCAGGAACGACGGAGACUGAUUCCUCGAGUGCGUCUUAUCAGAUCCCGACGUACGCGGAUUUUCUGUUCGCCCACAGCACCGUUCAAGGUUUUUACUCAUGGAGAAAUCCGGAGGAAGGCACCUGGUACGUACAGAGCCUGUGCGACGUAUUCGACGAAUACGCGGCAACCCACGACUUGGCAAAAUUGAUGACCAUAACAGCUCGCAAAGUGGCUACCAACUUCGCAAGCUACAACGAUCUGGACCCGAUGCUGCACGGCAAGAAACAGGUGCCAUCGGUCAUCUCAUCCCUCAUACGCGACGUCUACUUCACGCCGAAGAAUUAGUAGUGAAGUCUUGAUCUGUGGACAAAAGCAAGAAGGCUUUUAAUCAUUUUUUUUUUUUUGUGAUUUCACAUCAAUUGCAUAUAAGUUCGAGAUUACAUUUCUGAAUUUAACUACAUUUAGUGAAUUUAGUGUUUUUUUUUCUCUUGCGAAAUAUUAAUUUAUUUAUGUAUUACAUCGCAACAGCGUAAGAUGUUCUUCCAGGCAAUAGUAAUGUCUAUGAAUCUUGAAAUACUCACUGGAGUAAUUUAUUAUGAUAUUAUAGUUAUCGUACAUUCAUAGCAGAAAUCGUACAUUUUAACGGCGACUCUUGCAUUUAUCAAGUUCAUGACAAAAAUCGUGGGUUCUAUUACAGUGCAAAUCAAAUUCACGUAGCUCUUUAGUUUUUUUAGUAUUAAGUGCGUUUGUUAAAUCGCUCGUUGCGAAAAAGAAGAGUUCACCGAAAAAACCUGAGAAUAAUAUCGCGCUAAAUCAUUUUUGUAUAAAUUUAAAAAAAUUUUUGUUUGUUUUCUAUAUUUUUAUCCACGCGAUUUCUACAAUUAUACGUUGAAAGCAUAUAUAUCACAAAAAACGAAAAUCAUUUAUUUAUUUUCUAAUAUAUAAGGUAUAUUAUAAAUUAUUUCAAAUAUAUUUGUUUUAUUCCAAACUAUAUCACCGUUAUAUUUAUACAAAGAUACUUUAAUAUAAUGUUUUUACUUUUAUAUGAGAAACCUUCUAUAUCUUUUCAUUAAUAAAAAAAAUGAUUACACAAAUAAAAA